GUUUGCGACACCGGUAGUUUCAAUCGCAGGAGCACCAUGGCUGACAAAGCAGAGAUCCAGGAGGCGAUUAAAACACAAGGAGAGGUCGUCAGAAAACUGAAAUCGGAGAAAGCGAGUAAAGAUCAGUGACAGGGUUGCUCACCAAUUUUCUCCUGUUCUUCCUGCUUGUUGCCACGGAUACCACCAUCAUCCUCAUCCUUCACAUCGCUUCACCUCACACCUGGACUGUCGCUGCUGUCCGUGGGAUAUGAUUGGAUGAUUCUGCUGUGAUCCCGUGGAUGACUCUUUGUGAUUGCGUUAUUGCUGACUGUGUGAAUUCUGGUGCUGGUGUUGGGUUUGGACUCUGAUUGCAUAAUGAACACUUUGGGGUUGAUCUCCAUGCGCAUGUGUGCUGGACUGAUGGGCCGUCGGACCAUCAUGCAUCUGCGUUCUAUACGCCGCUCUUCUGGAAUGACUUUAUCACAGAUUGAUGAAGAAGUUGCCAAACUGUUGGCGCUUAAAGCUCAGCUGGGUGGAGAUGAGGGCAAACACACAUUUGUUCUCAAAACAGCCAAGGGGACCAGGGACUACAACCCCAAGCAGAUGGCUAUAAGAGAGAAGGUUUUCAACAUCAUCAUCAACUGCUUUAAACGUCAUGGUGCUGAAACCAUUGAUACUCCCGUCUUUGAGCUGAAGGAAACUUUAACAGGAAAGUACGGAGAGGACUCCAAACUUAUCUAUGAUCUAAAGGACCAGGGUGGGGAACUUCUUUCCUUGAGAUAUGACCUUACUGUCCCGUUCGCUCGCUACCUUGCAAUGAACAAGAUCACCAAUAUCAAACGCUACCACAUCGCCAAAGUGUACCGUAGAGACAACCCAGCCAUGACCCGUGGCAGAUACAGGGAGUUUUACCAAUGUGAUUUCGACAUUGCGGGUCAGUAUGACGCGAUGAUCCCUGACGCAGAGUGUCUUAAGAUCGUCUACGAGAUCCUGAGCGAAUUAGAUCUGGGAGAUUUUCGCAUCAAGGUGAACGACAGGCGCAUUCUAGACGGGAUGUUCGCUGUGUGUGGUGUUCCCGACGAGAAGUUUCGGACGAUCUGCUCCACGGUGGACAAACUGGACAAGAUGGCCUGGGAGGAUGUAAAAAACGAGAUGGUAAACGAGAAGGGUCUUUCGGAAGAUGCAGCCGAUCAGAUCGGGGGUUACGUCAGCAUGCAAGGUGGGAAGGAUCUGGCUGAGCGACUGCUUCAGGAUCCCAAACUUUCCAAGAGCAAACAGGCCUGCGCUGGGCUUACAGAUAUGAAGCAGCUCUUCAGCUACCUCGAGCUCUUUCAGGUCACAGACAAGGUUGUGUUUGAUCUGAGUCUCGCUCGAGGUCUGGAUUAUUACACUGGUGUGAUUUAUGAGGCGGUUCUGUCCCAGACGGUACCAGCGUCAGCAUCCACGGGCGCAGAGCAGAACGGGGCGGCGGCGGGCGAUGAGGCGGGCGUUAGCGUCGGCAGCGUGGCAGGUGGGGGGCGAUACGACGGUCUGGUGGGCAUGUUCGACCCCAAAGGCAGAAAAGUGCCAUGUGUGGGUGUAAGCAUUGGAAUCGAGAGAAUCUUCUCCAUCAUGGAGCAGAAGGCUGAGGCGUCUUCAGAGAAAGUGCGUACCACAGAAACGCAAGUGUUGGUGGCUUCAGCGCAGAAGAAUCUUCUAGAAGAACGACUCAAACUGACCACCGAGCUUUGGAAUGCCGGAAUAAAGGCUGAAGUUUUAUAUAAGAAAAACCCAAAACUCUUGAGUCAGCUACAACACUGUGAGGAAACUGGAAUUCCACUAGUUGCUAUUUUAGGAGAGCAGGAACUCAAAGACGGAGUCGUCAAACUGCGCAAUGUCGCCAGCCGAGAAGAGGUGGAUGUGCCCAGACUAAAUCUGGUUGAUGAGAUCAAAAAACGGACCUUGUAAUCUUGGAAAUGGUCACAAAGGAGGAUGGACCUGUUUACCACACACCAGUUGUUUAACAUGUAUCUAUAUAGAGAGGUCGUAUUCAACUUUGCCUGUUCCUUAAAAAUGUGCUCGUCUUACAUCAGAUCUCUCAAUAAAUAAGUUAAAACGUC